AUGUCUCCGUCACCUAGGAGCUCUCCGCCACGGCGGCCCGAAGAUGAGAUGCCGGGUGUUCCAGUAAGCCACCCAAACGAAGACGACGACUUUGACGCCGAAGGAAUACAAGUCAGCUCGAUGAAGACGGCUGUCGACAGCACUCCAGCGGACACCGAACGUGAUGCAGCAGCAGAGAGAGCUCAACCGCCGCUACCUCCAACACCAAGCGUGCCAGCUCACAGCACGAUGGGACCGCCUACGCUACCAAGUCCAAAGUCGAACGGGCAGUCAGGCCCAGCAAAAGUGCCUCCUUCAGGUCAAGGCUCUAAGAAGCCGUCACCGCCACGGACCAACGGUGGCCAGAUGGUCAACGACCCAUCCAGGCAGAUGCCCAACAGCAGCCACGAGGUCUAUUCUGCCGCGCGACACGGUCCCGAGAUCGAUGAAGACCAAGGGUCGCCCGAACUGUCAGAUCAAUCCGAUCCAGAGGACAGGAUCGAGAACUUUGACUGGACGGAUCAUGAGUCUCGCUACCAUGCCAAGAUGAACGAGUUUCGCGAAACGGAGAAUGAGAUAGUGAAUGAGUUCCGCUCUUUGUGUCAGUACUUCGACGUCUGGGCUCGAGCAGGUGCCGACCAGGAAGUGGAUCGAAGCUUCAAACGGAUGAAGACGCAAGCAGCGCUUGUGCAGCACCACGAGGAUGAACUCGAGAAGACGCGGCAGCACUACAUCGAAGUCGUCAACGCUUUCAAGGGUGCGCUGGCCCUCCUGCAACGAUGA